AUGCAUGGCCGACGCGUCCGUGGUCCCAAGUGUUUGAGCUUGGUGCUCCCCUGGCUGGUGACGGUGCUGGCGAGGCAGACCUUAGAAGCCGCAGACGAGCUCGUGGACGAGCCACGGCAUUUGGUGCUUCGCGACGAAGCGGGUCAACCGCUGGCGAACACGGGCACAGAGGAUCCACUGGUAUGUGAAGAUACGGAGGAUGGCAACCGCCGGGUGCCGUGCUUCGACUUCUCAACGGUGAAAUGCAAAGCCUUCACACCACAGCAGUGCAACUGCGAUGCGGUGCUUCCGAUCUGCCUGACAUCCUCUGGCAGAUCUUCGCUGGCUUCCGCCAUACGAAAUGUGAUGUAUACGUGCUGCGCUAGACCGGGCCAUCCCUUAGAAUACGGCAUGAACGAGUCUGUGACGCUUACGACGACUGCUCCUCCCAGCAACCGUCAUCUUUGGCAGGCCAACCCGAACAGCAAAUGCUUCGGCAAGGGCAAGUCCACAAUCGGUGACUUCACUUUGCAAGAGUGCAAGAGCAGGUGCGAGGACGACGUCCUACGACCCGAGGACCCGCGGACGACGAACGGAACCAGCCUGAAAGCCGCUGGCAAACAGUUCGAGGUUUGCGACUCCAUUCGCUUCCAGCCACACACCUUCAACGCCAGCGCUUUCGAGCACACGGGAACAUGCAGUUUCAUCUACGAGACCGAUGUUGAGUCGUGCGAGCCUGCAUCGGGCACGUUGACUUUUUUCCGCGUCAAUGACGGCAGCAGCUCGGACACCUCGAGCUCCAGCAGCUCCCGGCAGGAGGAACGCAGCCACAAGAAUGGGGAGUCAGAAGGCCGCCAAAGCAGCGAGCGAAGCUCCAGCGGCACUCCUUCCCUGAUCACACCCACGGUGUCCAGCGCCACCACCUUGCCGCACGAGAGGACCCAGGGGCGGGCGCCCGCCCAUGAGGUUCCUCCCUUCCAUGCCGCUGUCGGGCAUGUCAUGGAUUUGCUGCAGACAACGCUCGCCAGCCAAGGCGAGCUGCCCAAAGUCGCAUCCGUGAAAGCGGAAGACCCUGCUUCGGCCCAGGGGGAUGAGCUUCAACGCAUCCCGUCGCUGCAGACGUUGCUGAAGCUCCAGGACGGAGAUUUGGACGAUCUUCUGGGCAGGCCAAGACGGCCCUCAGACGAAGAUCCCGGCGGGGAAGAGUCCGAAGGUAUCUUCUCUUCGCCGCACAAGAAGCGCAGCAGCGGGCCGUCCCACUUCCGCGACCGGCACGGCAGGGUGCGGCAUAACUGGAAUGCUGUGAGGAUUGAGACCCUGUCACUGGGGAUGCGGCACCUGGACCAGAGGAAUGACAAAACGAAGCCAGAAAGUGAACUGGAGAAAUCCUGGGGCGACAUUGCGGGCAAGCUGGCCUUCGUCCUUACACGGCUGGACCAGGUUGUUCCGAUGUCUGCAUCGAGUCUGCUGAACGAGGCCUUACAGCCCUUCGACACCGAGCGGCGAAUGAGUGUCAACACAAAGCGAAAGAUGGAGGGUAUGGCGCAGUCCCGGAUUGAUGUGAGAGGUAUGCUGCAAGCCUUGUCCCGCAGCGACCCAAUGAAGUCUCUCAAGGAUUCUGCGAACGUGGCAAUCCUGACCAGGUUGGAGGAGUUUGCGGCCUGCGAGAAAGACAUCGUCGUCCGAGAGCGUCAUGUGGAUACUCCCGAAAUGGUGCAGCUGGGGCUCCAGCGCUGGUCCGUGCAGCAAGGCUUCUGCUUGUCCAACAUCGCGGAGAGGAGAGAGUUGGCCCGAGCACUUUGCGUGGCGCGGCGAAGCAACACGCGACGUGGUCGUCGCCGCCUGAACAAUGCGACAGCUCGGAGGAAAGCCAUGGAAGACAUGAUGACCUCGAAGAUGUCUCACAUGACCCAGAUGUCGCACGCGCAAUCGAAUGCCCAGGACGAGGACGGCAAUCCGAGGGCCAAGGACAAAGAGGUGCUACGAGAUCUGACGACGGAGCGCGGAGUCCUACUGGAGAUCAAGAGGGAGAUGACCAAGCUCAAGCGCAAGCGACGUGUCUUAGAGGACCAGUGGGUGGACCAGCCGCGGAUUUUGCUCACCCGCCUGGAGAACCAGAGCCGCAGCCUUCGCUUGAAAGUCGAGGCAAAGAUGCAUGAGCUGGAAGUCGGGAGGCAGAGAUUGGCCGACGCGAACCGGCGCUGGCAGAGCAACCGCACGCUGACAGAGCCGACUCUUGUUGACCUGGAGAUCCAGGCCACCCACGCAGCCCCCGAUGGCGGCUAUAUCCAGAGUUUCGGGGGAUAUGCCCUCGCAGCUGGGGCCACGGUGCAGGUCGACCGGUGCAUUGCUAAGGCGCAGAGGUUCCAUGCAUCCUUGAUUUUCGCCCCGUGGGGUGGAGCUCUGCAGGUGACAGAGCACUACCUUCUCCUGACCCUGGUGGCAGGGCUUCUUUCCCCACUUUGGUGGCUGGAAUUCUUUGGUUUUUCUGAGGGCGUCACUGUGGCCCUUACUGACAACCAACAGGCCAGUUUUGAUUACGGAGUCUGCGGGACAUCGGAGGAGUCGCAGAAAGCGCACGUGCGCGCGCUUUGCACUGAAGGUGUGGCUCAAGGGCCAUCUUGCAGUGCAGCCCGCUCGUCUGGAAAAGGCGUGCGAGAUUUUGGAGGCCCAUCACAGCAGAAGUGCAUUGCCGUCGUUGGUGAGAAGCCGAUUAGCGGGCAAAAUGACGCAGAGGGGCCAGGGAUGGUGGUGCACACCGUGCGCCAGAAUGGUGAAGCGCGAUGCGAACUUCUGCCCACAAUGUGGUGUGGGCUGGAAGGAUGCGCAAAAGCCGGCGCCGAGCUACUCGACCUCCAGUCGCCGCGAUCCAGAGGGAAGGGCGACAAAGGCCGGGGCAAGCAGGAUGGCAAGCAGCCCAAGGGCAAACCGGGGGGCAAGGCAGUGCCUUGGCCGAGCGAUGCCCCGCCUACAGCACCGAGUGUGGAGGAUCUCCCUGUGGCUCCGGUGACACCUACGAUCGUGCCACCACGGAAGCCGACUCCAGAUGCUACAGCUUCCAACGAUCGCUUGCAACUGGAAGCCCUUGCCAAGAUCCUCUCGACCUCGGGGAUAAACCUCCCCGAUGCAGCCCAACAGCUUGUGGUGGGAAUCCAACAGAGUUCCUCCCAGUCGUCGGCACGAGCGCUACACAAAGCGGUGGCCGACCAGACCAGGGCGAAACAGUCCCUGGCGAAAGUGCGACAGGCGCGCCUGGGUUACACCCAGGCCUGGGCCACCUACCUCGGACAACUCACACAAGUGGUGGAAACGCAAGUCCGAGAGCAAGAGCGUAUCCUGGACGAACUGGACGAUGCCGAAGCCCAAUGGUCUGGCGCGGAGCGCGAGGCUACACAGCUCUUGGCAAAGAUGACGUCCAGUGGCGACGGGAAGCCGGAGGAUCGUGUGACGGAGGUCGACGACGAGGACAAGGACAUGGAUGCAGCAGAGGCGGCGGUGGAUGCUGCUAUCGAUAUGGAGGCCAAGAUGCGUGCGGAAACAGAGGCGCGCCGUCAGGCCUCGCAAAAUGUCGUGGCCGUUCUGGGACAGCUCAGGCAGAGCGCUCAAGAACAGGCCGGCACUCACGAGCGAGAGGGCUCACGGACCCCUCGCCGUGGCUCGGGGACAGAGCCAAAGGACGAGACCAAGGAGGUGACAGAGAUCAAGGAGCCACAGCAGGAGCAGAGCCUCCCACCCGGCCGACAGGCUAUGUGCGGGCCGACUCAGCUCUUCGGAGCGGUCCUUUCACAUAGCAUUGCAGGGGAAUGGCACUAUGUUGGACCUUACAUGAGUCAGGUUUUGGGCGCGAUGCAGCAACUGGUGUGCAGCCUUGAUCGACUGCCGCUUGACAUCCAACAUACUGUGUGGGAGGAUCCGCGGAUCGCUGAUGUGGUCUAUCCAGCGCCGCCGCAGUAUGAUGCAAUGACCUUAGAGACAGUGACUCUCUGCCAACGGCUUCGGCAGGAUCCUGGAAGUGUAUUCGGGCUGUCGAUCCCCGCAGCACCCUCUACGGCGACGGGCACAGAGCGGUGCGACCGACUACCUCAGAGACCCCCCAUGCACAUGUACAAGCUGGGUGUUGGAUCUGGGGUCUGUGGGUCGACUUCCUCUGACGCCGUUGCUGAAGCUGGUGCCACGGCGGUUGACAGCCUGACAGUGAGUCGCAUGGAUCGACGACACCAGAAUGCAAUGUACAAAGAUGUAAAUAGUACUGAGGUAGGCUGUGGGCUGGGGCCCGAGCACCGGAGGUUUCCGCAACGGACCGUUUCCUUCGCUGAAACUCCUGACAUACGCCUCUUUUUUCCGGGCAGUAGACUGCAGGCAAGGCAAGCGCACUGUGAGGCUGGUCACUCAUACAUCCUUGAUGCCCAGUCGCAGCUCGUGCAGCCUCGUGUGGUUAGCACAGCACGUCCCUCCUUGCCCAGAGGUGUGCCUCCUGCUGAGAGCACCCCGGCCAGAAGCACUGUCACCGGUUACAGUGCAGUCCGGAUGGGCAUGGCUGCAAGGGUUGGGGUGUCCCCUGACUUUCUUGACCGCCCUGAACUCCGCAACCUUCCUCUGACCCAGUUCUCUUGGUUCUGCGGCCACAGAGCAAGCGGAGCCGAUACUGACGGUUCUCAGCGAAACCGUUACGCUGCCUUCUCUACGGCUCAUCACCUCACUCUGCGAAGGCUUCCUUUAGGCAGCACCCUCAACGAUGUGAUAGCCGAUUUAAUUGGGGAGCAUCCACGGUUGCGGGCUAUCAGAGUGAUGCAACAUCGCCUUGAGGCUCUCCCUUCUCUCCAAGUUGUUGCUCUUACGCGAACUGAUGAGCCUCACUUGCAUGUCCUUCCUUUUGACCUCAGGGGAGUUCAGGGCAGGGUUUGCACACUGGGAGUGCCACGGCAGCUGGCUCAUGACCCCCUGGCAGCUUUCUGCCUUCAAUCUUGUCCCCAGGAUCGUCUUCCCAGAGAGCCCUUCCAGCUCUUUGAUCCAGCUGACCUGCCUGCGAACCCGGCAGCCGAGCUCGAACAGCCUGACUUCUACAGAGGUCGACCCUACCAGCUACCUGUUGAGCCUGCUCCUGGUGACGACCUUCACGAAGCAGAGACUGAUGGCAGUGGCUUACUCCAAAUAGACUCAUGGGCUACCCUGACUGGCCCAGCUGCCAAGAACUUUGAUGAGGAUGAGAUUGGGGAUGCCCCCUUGGGACGGCAGGACACUGCCCCCCUCGCUUGUCCAGGAGAACCGCCUCAGGUCCAGGUGCCACAGGUUUACGUUGCUGAUCCCACGGAUCUUCAGCUCAUUCGCGCGGAAGACCUGCACAUUCUUCCCCCUGAGUUUCGUGAUGAAGAGGCUUUCACUAGCCCAAUCAGCCGUUUCAAAUGGGGCAGAGCACAUAGAGACUUGUUCGGGUUGUUUACCGUGUUUGACACGCGCCGACAUGCUGUAAUCAUACAAGGUGUUGCCAAUUCUAAUCUUCACACCUUGGUCGCGCAAGCCGUGGCUAACGCGCCCUUUCAGGUUUCGGCAGUACAUGUGCUUACGUGUCCUCUGUCUGGCCUUCCCAAACCUCAGCUGGUCCUUCAUGAAGCAGGACGACCACUGCCGUUCAUGCCGGUCCCGUGGGACCUCAGACAAACGGAUGGACUGAUCAGGACAGUUGAGCACAGGCAGGGACAAGGCAUACUUGAGGCAUUACAAGCUGUGUACGACACCAUCGGAGGGCUACCCACUCUCAUGCAGCGUUUCGAGGAUCGCUCUGUUGCGGUUCACGAUGCCCUUGGUGCUGUCCUUCACAAGUUGCCCGACAACCUCCUCAAGGCUCAAUUCUUUGAGACCAUUGCCAUGCCGAGAGGGAGUUUUGCCUCACAGCGAAUUCAGGCGCCCAUCUUAACAGGUGGUUCGCUACAGCAGGAAGGCACGACCCGAACCGCCACAUGGAUGCAAGCUGUCUCGGUGGCUCCUGCACUCCCUAUUCUGCGCCUGAUCAUCUUUAGAGGAAGUAUUGCUGCCAGUGCCGAUCUUAAUCCGCCUUUUCAUACAAUUGAUCAUGUCCUGGCACAGCUCUUGACACAGAUUAGCGCGAUGCUUCCCCUUGCAGACCAUAGUGCUCUGGUGCUUGCUGCUGCCCAACCCCCGCCAUUGGGCUAUGUGCAGGAAGUUGUUUUCUUGAUUUCGGACUCACGUACUUCCGUGCCCUGUCUCUGGGAUGCGCGCCCCGUUGGCGGGGGUCUUCAAUUGCUGAGCCAGGACCUGUCGGCACCCACGGCCUCCGUUCUUGCUCCGUCCUGGAGGAGCGAAGGUUGGUCAGUUGCUGUCAACGGGGUACCCGUUCAACACAUGAGCAGAGAUGUGGUCUUUGGUGAUUUCUUCCAGCCCUAUCACGGCGAAUCGCCAUAUCCGACAACACCGCUUGGUUUUAUCCUACGGGCCUGCCCGGCGCUAGAAGCCUUUGCCAUUCCUCUCUGGAUACGCAAGGGGGGCUUGCCUAUGACCACGUACGACACCCUUUUUCCCAGGCUGACCGAGGUACUCAGGCGUCGGAGGGAUGACAUGGGUCAUUUUCACCUUGAGGGCGGCCUUGCGGUCAUACACGGACCAACCCAUGGCACUGUUCAUCUGCAUUUCGCCGGCCCUACUUCGCCUGGGGUACAUGAGGUAGCUGAUCAGAUGGUUCGUUUGGACUGGCAGCCCGGCUGGGAGGCUGUCGUGCGCACUGCCGCUUUAUGGCCAGAGACGGCCCUUUUUGUCACCUCAGCACCGGGGGUGGUGGGCAAUACUGUUCUGCUCCCUGCUCCACAUCAUCCGGAGCAGCAUUUUGUCCUACUUGUGCCCCAGCGCCCAGGCCUUCUCUCCGGUCUUCCAGGUGAAUCGGUGGCACAGCUCAUGCCCCGCCGCAGCAUGGGUUCUGGGGAUGUUCUCUACUUUCAACGGGACCCAGGCCGUGCCAUGGAGCCUGACUCGGAACAGGAGGGCGAGGCGGCCGCUCUGCUUCAGCUCUCUGCUUCGCGUGCUCAUGUUGUGGAAGGGUGCAACUCCCUGGCUCAGGGUCCUUCCACACGUGACAAGAGCAAGCCUAUUGCAAUCCCCACACCGGGGGGUCGCCGUUUCAUUAAGCCAGUUGUUGACUCUCAACCAGGCCCUACUGCCGGCGGCCCCAAGCAGCUCGUUCUCCAGGAGGUUCUCCCUCCGGAGGCUCCGAGCAUUGCAUGGUCGGUCUGUUCAGACAUUGCGCAGGAGUGCCUGCGUCAACAUCAGCUCUCCAAUCUCCGCCACGACCUUGACUACCUCUCUUCAGAGUAUCGUCCUUUCACCGCAGCCUGGGCACUCCUCCCACCUUGGGACAGACGGCAGGUCUGCGAGGAGCUUCUCAUUUAUACUGAUGGCUCUUUCUUCCCAGGCAACCCCCGGGCCACUUGGUCGGUGAUAGUGCUUGGUAGAAUAGGAGCUUGCUUUGUGCGAGUUGGCUUUUUCGCUGACUGGGUCGAGAUUGCAAGUUCAGAGGUGCCCUCUGCUUAUGAUGGGGAGAUAGAGGCCCUCUUACAUGCCAUGGCCUUGACAGGCAACUCUGACACAACCCAAGUUCACAUCCUAUGUGACUGUGCCUCUGCCUUACUGGUUGCGGAGGGAACCGGGGGCAUUGACCUCGAGAACCCGGCCUGUCGAGCCCUCGCUGGUUUGGCCUUUUUUGCCCGAGCUAAGGGAAAACGGGUUACCCUGACCAAAGUUCCUGCACAUAGUGGGGAUGCUUUUAAUGACAUGGCGGAUCUUGUUGCAAAGCAGGUAGGACGUGGAAAGGGCGCAUCCCCUUGGAGGGUCCCCUUUGAUGACUUUCGAGCUGCGGCUGCGGAAAGAGUCCUGGAACGCCUUUGGCUGACCUGCGCGGACUGCACCAUGCGCAUGGGCCUGCCCCUGCUCACACAAACCGGCACGUGGGCAGCUACUGCCGGGGCUCCGGCCACCACCAAGCCCCCUGCUGUUCUUGUUGGUUUAGGAACGGAGGAACUCGGCACUGCCCCUAGACGCCUUAAACUUCGGGUGCUCCAGUACAAUGUCCUGUCCCUCCGGGGUGAUGCCGCCAAAACCAUGCUAUCGGCUGGCGCCAAAAAGGGUCAUUUCGAUGUUGCCUGCUUCCAGGAGACUCGCGUGCAACAAAGCGGCUUCAGCACUGUUGAGGGAUGGUGGGUCCUCAGCGCCAGUAGUACUAGUGCAGGGGUAGGGGGUGUGCAGAUUUGGAUCAACCCUCACCAGAGUGACCUGGCCUGGGACCGCAAAGAGCUUUCGAUUCUGCAUGCAUCGGAGCAGUGCUUGAUUGUGCUGGGACAGGCCAAUGGAAUUGAUCUUGCAGUUGUGGCUGGGCAUGCCCCCCCUUCGACCAGCCCCCCCGAGGUCUUACAGACCUGGUGGAGUAAUCUUGCGGCUGCGGUCGGCCGCAUUCCUCGCAAGUACUGCCUGAUAACCGGUCUCGAUGCAAAUGCCCGCUUCGAGCUUGACCACCAGUGUCCUCAGACGCUUACCUCGGCCCCUCUCUGUGAGAAUGCCAGACACCUGCUUGAUUUUGUCUGCACUACAGGUGGGGAUCUUACUUCCCAGUGUGACUGCAAUGGAGCUCCACUUGUGUCAUGGGUCAGCCCGAAUGGUCAACCAGCUUUGCUUGACUACAUUACUUUCCCUCGUGAGUGGAGCGGGGCUGCUGUGACCCUGCCGACUCCUGACUUGGGCGACUUACACAGUGGUCAUGACCACUGGCCUGUUGCCCUUGAGCUCGAUGUCACAUGUGAAGGCAGGAGUCGACAGCCGAUCCACCGCAUUAGCCCAGAGCAGAUCCGCUCCGCCGCUGGCGUGACAAUGGUCCAGCAUGCUUUGGCCACCAUCCCGCACAUCCCAUGGACGGUCGACAGCACAACGCAUGUUGAUAUCAUUCACCGGCAUAUCCAUGCCUGUCUGUCAUCUCUGCCACAAGCCGAGCGCAAAGCACGCAAUCCAGCCCUUACGCAGGACACCAUAGACCUUGUUGUCUACAAGCGUCAUGUGCAGCGCUGCCUCAAGACCGCGCGUCAGCGUAGCAGGCGUGCCUUGCUUUGGAUUCUCUUCAAAGCCUGGCGCGGGCGUCCGCUUGACUACCAGCACAGCCGCCAGGUUAUUGCGCAAGCCCAGGAAUGUGAGCAGCGAUGGUUUUCGCGUUUCAAGGCCGCCAAACAACACCUUAGCCAGGCUAUGCUCAAGGAUAAGGCGGAGUUCGCGCGCCGGUGCCGCCUCUCGUACCGGUAA